ACAAUUGACUUUGGCUUUGUUUGUACUAGACCCUUGCUGCAAAACUAGAAUAUCUUCAACAAAGCAAUGAUUUUGUGAAUUCUAGAUUAAGCGUCGAAAGAUUUACAUAUGCUUACCGUGGAAACUAUUUUGUUAUGUUAUCACACGAACUCUUUGUAAUAAACGAACUAUUUAAUAAAAGCUGAUCAUGAUUAAUGGUGCGAAUUCAGUGGAGGUUUGCCUAGACAAUAAUACAAAUAAGAACGACUUACUACCAACUCAAAUUGUCACAUUGGAAACAACGAAUUUCGGAACAUUUUCAAAUAUAUCACAGACCUAUUAUUCCAACUACAAUUUUGAUGUUGUACAAAAUCACUUUGCACUAAAUGAUGCGAAUUCUGAUCUUUCAGAGAAACAUGUCUCAGUUAACAAAAAUUCAGUCAUACCAACCUAUCAUCGUCUACAAACCAACACCAAUAAUUAUCCCAUUUUAUUAAGUCACAGUCCAGACGAGAAAAAAACACCAAAUAUGAUACCAAAAAAUAUUCAAAACGAUAGUGCCUUUUUUGCUUGGCGCCGUACGGGUAUAUUGAGUCGUAGAGUCGCUACGACUUCAGUCACCGGUAAGGAAUGUACCAAUAAUAAUAACAAUAACGAAAUAAUUGAAUUUAAAAACAAAUUUAUAUAUAAAACAAAUGAACAAAAUGAGACAGAACAUGGGGGAGAACUUAAAUCUCCAAUAAAUCGAAAUGAGCAUCAAGAGAAUGCUUUUCGUCAGAUCGAAGAUGUGCAUAAUUAUGCAAAACUAGAUUACAGUUAUUCUAGUAAUGAAGAAGAUGAGGAGGAUGAGGAUUUAGAUGAAGGAGAUGAAGAUGAAUUUGUUGAUUUGGAUACCAACUUUGAAAAUUAUUUUAUGAACCACAUGCCAAGUUCAACAACUAUUCAGAAUCAAAACAAAAUUGAAGCUAAUUAUGCUGUGACUAAGGAGACUGAAAAUAAUUUUGAAGACACAAGCGAAAACAUAUUAAAGACAGACCUCAGUAAAAAAGUUACUGCUACUCCCAUUACUGAUCAUACUCCCCCAGAAUAUCAUGCUAGAAGACCCAUGAAUGCAUUUCUAAUAUUUUGUAAAAGGCAUCGAGCUGUUGUGAGAGAACGAUACAAGUCUUUAGAAAAUAGGUCAAUAACAAAAAUACUAGGGGACUGGUGGGCAACACUCGAAGCGAAUGAAAAAAACCAUUUCACAAACCUAGCACAACAGAAUAAGGAUGCGUUUUUCUCUGCUAAUCCAAACUUUCAAUGGUAUAAACUGCCAGCGCCAUCAUUACGUUCAUUCAACGCGCGCACAUUCAAUAUUGAACAAUCGAAAGAGUCGGAUGUAGAAGUUGAAAUAGCAACUGAUUUCAAAUUAGCGAAUGAAACACAAAUGGGACUUUUAAAUAAUCUUAUUAUCAACAAACAAUUAAUCGAACCUUCUGACAGUAUCAGCAAUACGUCUGCUACCAAAAAAAGACACUAUAACUGCCAAAGUAUAUCUUGCAAUAGUAGUGAUAAGAACCUAACUCCAAAGAAAUUAGGACGUUCAUGUAAAGGAAAGAAAUACCAAGAACUUGUUAACUCGGGACAAAUUAUCACAAUUGCUAAAAAAGUAAAAUCGUCCAAAGCAGUUGAAGGCAGCGAAGAAAAUUCUAUAAAAAAUAAUGAUAUUGCUUAUGAAUGCAUUUCACCACUUGGACAAGGAAAUAAUAAAUUUUCUAUAAAUGAAGUAUCCUGUAGUCGCAAAAGUACUUGUCGGCGCAGUAUUUCAGAAUCUGACAGUAUAAAUGAAUUUGAAUUAUUUAGUUUUAACUUGAGUGAAAAAAUAAAGCAGUUGCCAGUUCUUAGCUUAGAUGCUUAUCUACAACGCAAACGUAUCAAUCAAAAACAAAAAAAGUUAAGUGGAAAAAAACGAAAUUCAAGUAAUGCUUCCAAUAAUAAAACGGAAAUUGGACGUACUGUAACGUUAUCGCCACAUCUUAAGAAUGGAGUUAAUACCCGGACAAAUAUACAACAAAUUGUCGGGAGCCAAAAACGUAAAGCUCGUAAAGAAAGCAUCACUAGACGUGAUGUGAAUGUCAUAGAAAAUGAAGUGGCAUCAUUAAUUCCACUACCUGCAGAUCAUUUCGCUAUCAGUGACCCUUACUACUUUCAGGAGGCAACAACUACAGAUGCUAAUGUUUCAUCAUUCGUGCCACAAACACUUUCUGAAUUAUCUGGCAAAGGGAUGGAUAAUAUAUUACCUACCUCUGAUUUAUUUAUAUUAGCUGAAGUUGCUGCUAAUCGCACUGAGUUAAAAAACUAGUGUGCAUAUAGUCAUAUUUAUUAGAAUUAUCAACCGAGAGCCUUUAUAAAUAUGGAUUGUAAAAUAUACAUAUAAUAUGCGCCUUAAAUAAAAAUUAGUGACUUUAAAAUAAGAAAUAUUU